UAGGCGACGGGGGUUGGUGAGAGAGUCGGCGCGGUGGGGACGGAACAACAGAACUGACAGGCAGCAGCGCGCGAGUCUACAGUCACGUCAAGGGGAAGAUGGAGCAACAUAGAUGCGCCGCGGACUUCAACAUCCUGUUGGCCACCGACUCAUACAAGGUCACACAUUACAAACAGUACCCACCCAACACUAGUAAGGUGUACUCUUAUUUCGAGUGCCGUGAGAAGAAGGCAGACCCAUCCAAGCCCCGAAAAGUCAAAUACGACAAAACAGUCUUCUACGGGCUUCAGUAUAUUCUCCACAAAUACUUAAAAGGACAAGUCGUCACUGCAGAAAAGAUCCAAGAAGCAAAGGAGGUUUACCGAGAACACUUUCAGGAUGAUGUGUUCAAUGAGAAAGGAUGGAACUACAUUUUGGAGAAAUAUAACGGACACCUGCCCAUCGAGAUCAAGGCUGUCCCGGAGGGAAGCGUUAUCCCGCGUGGGAACGUGCUCUUUACCGUAGAAAGCACAGAUCCGGAAUGCUACUGGCUCACUAACUGGGUGGAGACUAUCUUGGUUCAGAGCUGGUAUCCCAUCACCGUAGCGACUAAUUCACGAGAACAGAAGAAGAUUCUGGCCAAAUAUCUCAUGGAGACGUCCGGGAGCCUGGAGGGACUGGAAUAUAAACUCCAUGACUUUGGCUACAGAGGAGUUUCAUCUCAAGAGACGGCUGGAAUCGGUGCAUCUGCUCACUUGGUAAACUUCAAAGGAACAGACACCGUGGCUGGGAUCUGCGUUAUUAAGAAGUACUACGGCACCAAAGACCCAGUUCCUGGUUUCUCAGUACCAGCUGCAGAACACAGCACAAUCACUGCUUGGGGAAAGGACCACGAGAAGGACGCUUUCGAGCACAUUAUCAAGCAGUUUCCCAAUGUGCCCGUCUCCAUCGUCAGCGACAGCUACGACAUCUACAACGCCUGUGAGAAGAUCUGGGGUGAGGACCUCCGGAGUCUGAUCGAGAUGAGGAGCGCGGAUGCCCCGCUGGUGGUCCGACCAGAUUCAGGAAAUCCUCUAGACACGGUGCUAAAGGUCCUAGAGAUUUUAGGGAAGAAAUUCCUCCCUAUUGAGAACUCCAAAGGCUACAAGGUGCUUCCACCCUACAUCAGAGUGAUUCAGGGCGACGGCGUGGACAUCAACACUUUACAGGAGAUUGUGGAAGGCAUGAAACAACACAGGUGGAGCAUCGAGAACAUCGCGUUUGGCUCCGGGGGAGCUUUGCUGCAGAAACUGACCCGAGAUCUGCUCAACUGCUCUUUCAAGUGCAGUUACGUGGUGACCAAUGGAUUGGGUGUUAACGUCUUCAAAGAUCCUGUUGCCGACCCCAACAAAAGGUCAAAGAAGGGACGCCUUUCUCUUCACAGGACACCAAACGGUGACUUUGUUACUCUGGAGGAAGGGAAGGGUGAUCUGGAGGAGUAUGGGGAGGACCUGCUGCACACUGUGUUCCGCAACGGUAAGAUCAUAAAGACGUACACCUUCGAUGAGGUCAGAGACAAUGCCAAGCUAAAGAAGAGCGAGGUAGAUGAGCUGCUGCACUGAGACACACCUCCUAAAACACCAACACAGAGGAGUCGUGUCCGAAAGCACGGUUCAGAGAGACGAGAGGACGCGCCCACAUUCAGUGUACAGAACUCUUCUGCGUUUGUCUCCAGACUCCGCCGUGCUUUAAUGUGUCUUUCUAACGGCGGAUGAAAGCUAUCAAAAUCAUUUAAGUGUAUAUUUGACCAAGCGUGCUAUCCAUCACACGUCUUUGACAGACUGGAGACGUACUGUAUGUGUGUGUGUGUGUACUGCGAGAUUAGAUUUUUCUUUGCUUGUACCACUGUAGGAUUGAAAGAUGAUGGUUUAGUGUUUAUUGAAUGUCGUGUGUGCGAUUAUUCUCUUACUUUAUGCAAAUGAGACGGCUGAACUAGGGGACACUUUAUUUUCACUAUCAUUUUCGCUUUCGUUUGAAUCUCACAAAAACACGUCCAGUUCACAUUUCACCCCAAUAUCAGAAAAUAAAUAAAUAGAGGAAUAAUGAAAGAUUUUGGGGUGAAUUUUGACCUGGACGUGUUUUUGUGUUUUGUGCGUAUACAUAUAACAGCCUUGCCCUUUUCUGUAGAAAUCAUCGUUUAAACUUUGCCAACAUGUUAAGAACACAAUGCUGAUAUAUUCACGACAACAAAACACUUUUUUUAUAUAUUCAACGCUUUUUUUGGAAACACUUGAAAAUGGCAGUUUUAUUAUAAAAACACAUCAUUUUAGAAGAGCUUGGGUUUAAUAUUUUGUAUACGUAUCAUUGUUUUUUAUGACAGACGUAAAUACCAUCAGAUUUACCAUAGUAAAUAUCCAUAGAUUAAUGUGGCCAAACUGCCUCCUCUCUUGUAUAUACUGGCGAGUGUGUUUGUUUGAAGAGAGAUGGUUUAUUAUUUGUGCAUAUAGAGAUUGGUUCUUAUUUUUGUCUAAUGCCCAUUUUGUACCAACAGAAAAUAUCUGCUUUGUUCUCUGGACUGAUGCCAGCCAGUCAGUCCUGGCACACGUGUGUGUGUGUGUGUGCAUACUUGUCUCUGAGUGUACACUUGGUAAAUAAUACUUGCUGAUUAUAAUUUGAUUGAUGUUUUUAUGUAUAUGUCGGGUUUCCUUUUUUUCUUUCCUUCAGAUAUUUUAAACUAACAUGGUAUGCAGUUUUGACCGCAUAUUAAAACGACACAACCCAUCCUGUUUGCUAAAUUGUUUUUUAUUUCCACUUUACUUUUUUGAUGGUAAAAAUGAAAUCAUUCCCUUUUUAUAGCUGCUGACUGUAAGGAUAGUAGUUUGUUUCUCAGUGCACUAGACUUCAACUAUAGUACAAACUUUGACGAGUUUAAAAAUGUGUCAAGAAACAUUAAUGUCUCUGUGCACAUUUCUGUGUUGCGGAACAUUAGUGUCGAAAUAAAAGCAAUAUUAGACUGA